AUGGAAGCAACUGGGCCAGUGAAAAUUACUAAUAGCAAGCAAUUUGAGCGUUUGGUGCAUUUAAUGCAAUCCAACCCAGGAAUUGCAAGAGCAACACGGACGUUUGGACAAAACAAAAUCCAAAACGACGAACAAUGGGACGCUUUUGCUACCGAAAUAAAUAGUUUCGGCCUUCCAAGUAGAUCUGGAAAAGAGUGGCAGCGGGUAUGGAUUAACUACAAGGCCAAAACCAAGAAGAAAAUUAGUGCAAAUAACCGAAAUAUAAGAACGACUGGUGGAGGCCCAUCAGAGGAGCAACCGUUAUCUGCACUCGAGCAAGUGGUAGCAGAUAUUUUACACACAGACGUAAGUGUAAAUCCGCCCGGCAAUGUGUUUGGUAUUGUGGAAAUGGACGAAGACGAACAAAACGUAGAGCCGUCAUGCAGUUCUUCGCCAAAUAUUACGAUAACUGUUCCAAAAAAAAGGCAAAAAAAAAAUAUUGAAGAAAUGAAAGUGGACAUGUUAAAGUCGCAAACUUUAAAUAACUCGGAUAUAGCACAAAAUUAAAAAAAAAUGGAAAAAAUACAUACAAAAUUAGCAAAUAUGCUGAAAAAAAUCAUGAUUUAAAAAAAGAAAAAUUUGAACUAUUAAAAGAAAAUAUGAAUUCAGAGGCAGAACUUAAACGAAAGAAAAUUCAACUUAUCGAAUACCAAUUAAACAAUAUGUAAUUUUAAAGAUUCAAUCAGGCAGUCUCUGCAAUUCACUUCCGAGUGAAUUUCAAUCCCUGCCAAUUUGAAUUCAACGCGAAUUCGACUCAAAUUCUCUCGAAAGUGAAUUACAGAACCUGCCUGUAUAUUUAAGAGUUUUGUUUGGGCGGAUUAUAAAUCGCACCAAGUUACCUAAGGACUG